AUGCUGGCUCGACGGACGACGUGUGGCGACGUAUCUUGUUGGCCUUCCUUUCUCACCCGCUCUACGGUCGUUCCUGCAGCGUCUCGCUCACUUGGACCUCCGUGCAACCCACCUCUCCAGUUUGGCCUUCGCCCGUCUCCCCCACAUUCAUUCGCAGCCAUGGCCACCUCCUCCGCUUCAUCCGCGUCCACCUCCAACCAGGAGACCCAAACACCGCAGAUCAACUCGCUCCUCGUACUAUACCCGCUCGAACCACGCAACCUAGUCGAUAAACUCCGCGCCAAUAUACCCAACGUCCAUUUCUACCCUCAACGCUCCGCCGUUGAUUACAACUCGACCGCCGGUCCGGCCCCCGUCCCUUCCGCCGAAAUCUUGGCCAACAUCGAUGCGAUCCUCUGCUUCCAUCUUUACCCCGAUCUCUUCGACGGCGAUUUCCUCACAAUGACCCCCAAGCUCAAGUUGAUCCAGACUGUUGGAUCGGGGACGACCUAAAUCACCGACUCACCCUUUCACAAAUCCGUACCCGAGGAGCAUCCGUUGACCCUCGCUAAUACGGCAGGGAUCCACGCGACGACGAUCGGUGAACAUGCGCUUAUGGUCACCUUGAUGCUUUUGCAUAAGAUUCUUAAAGUGGAUCGGGUUAUUCGGAAGGAGAAGAAAUGGGUUGGUCCGAAUGAACUGGGCGGGAGGGGCCCAGAUGCCCAGCUUUUCUUUACCGAGUUGAGGGGCAAGACUUUUGCGAUCCUUGGGGUGAGGCGGCAAGCCGGGAUGAUCGGACUCUUCUUGGUGGUCUUGACUGAUGUGCUCGUCUUAUUUUUUGUCCCUCUACAGUACGGUCACAUCGCUCGAGAAGUUGCCCGCCUCGCUUCGGCCUUUGGGGCCAACAUCAUCGUCGCGACCCGUUCCGGCGUUCAAGCCCCUAUCAAAGGUUUCCACCUCCCAACACCGGUGACCCAACAGGAUCGAUUCCGUCCGAAUGGUACACCACCACGUCCCGUUCGUCACUCCAUAGCCUACUCAAUCGCGCCGACAUCGUUUUGAACCUCCUUCCAUCUUCGGCGGACACGAGAGGCAUCAUGGGAAGGAACGAGUUUGAACAGAUGAAGGACUAUGCGAUUUAUUUGAAUUUGGGGAGAGGGGAUACGAAUGAUCAGGACGCGUUGGCCGAAGCUUUGAAAGCUUCGUUGGAGGCGGAGGACGAGCCGAUGGGUCAGACGGGGUCGUUGAGGAUCGCGGGGGCGUCGAUUGAGUGAGUUCGUGGGUGUGGACAUGACGACUGGGGAAGUGGUCCGCACGUGUUUGGUGACGGGCGUACUGAUAUUUCAUCAACAUGUACAGCGUAUCGAACCCUGAGCCAUUGCCAGAUGGGCAUGUCUUUCUCGGCGGACUGGACAACAUGAUCCUCACGCCUCACAGCUGCUGGAUGUCCAAGCUCAACUUUGUCAGGGCCGUCGACGUCUUCUUGACCAACGUAAGUCGAUUUCCUGCCAACGGUCCGCAUAUUCCGCAGCCCAGAUGCUAAGGGUACUGUUUUCUCGUCUCUUGGGUAUGAAUGACGCUGGGAUGAUCGACCAGGCGGAGCGGAUGAAUCAAGGCUUAGGGGCCAUCAACGCAUUGAGGGGUAAAGGUGAAUGA